AUGCGGGGCCAGGUAGUUGUCGCUCACAUCAACACCCACGCCCACGCCCACGCCCACGCCCACGCCCACGCCCACGCUGACUCAGACAACCGAGCUCGGGAAACUCACACUCCCCCUGGCGGCCAGAGAGCAUUGGGAGCACCAUUUUUGUUGGAGGACCCAGCAAACCAGUUUCUACAUCUCAAAAGGCACAUAUAUUUGCAGGAUUACUGGGACCCAGAUCACAGUCCGAAUAUGUGGGAAAACACACUGGCUGAUCAGGCUCGUGAAACAUGGACUGCUUUGAAAACAACAGCACAGUAUUAUCUUAACAUGAAUAUCUUCACCUCUGACAUGUCUAAUACUUAA